CAGCCGGUGUCCUUGUUGUUUGGACAGUGAAGGUGGAAUCUUGGACAUGUAAUAGUGGGUGGACGUUUUUUUGUUACAUCUUUGAGCGCAGACCGACUCAUCUAGUAAUUGUUCUAAGCCACAAAAUAAGCUGACCCACCGUGGCCUUUCGAUGCCUCCAACCAUAACCCCAUGACUGCCUGUGUGUGCAUAUUCGAUCGAAAAAUGUGAUAAGCGUCAUCGAGUGUUUAUUGUGCCUGCGCAUGUACCGUUUUUCUUAUUUUGUUAUCGUUCCUCCGGGUAGUGUUGGCGCCUAAAUUGAGACGAACCGAGAGUGUUGUGGGAGGCCUGGACAGGAUUAGACCGGUAAAACCAUUGUGGGAGAUUAUUUUCAGCCGGAGUGUCGGAGAAAACGCUGACAUUAUGUCCACUUGAUUCUCCGAUAAUUGAAGAACAUCAUAAAUCAUGAGUGACCUCACAGUAGAAAAAGAAGUCCCUAAAGUGGAGGAGGCGGAGGAGGAAAAAAUGCCACCAACUUCCUCUUACAUGACAAUAGGAUCUUUCACCCUGUCGUUACUGAUGAAGUUGGCGGCUGUUGGAGUUAUCUGGAGCUUCGGGUACAUGCGCUGGAGUGUUGCUUGGUUGCUACCUCCAGUGUUCCUCUCUGUAUGGAAAUACGAGAGCAGUAAAAACAAUGAGCUAAAGAGAUUAACUGCUCAGGCGACGGUUCUAGCUAACGAGAAGGACGUCAUCACUAACAGAAUGAAUGAUUUACCCUCUUGGGUCUAUUUCCCUGACUUUGAUAGAGCUGAGUGGUUGAAUAAAGUACUCUACAAAAUUUGGCCUGGCAUGAAUCACUUUGUGCGUAACCUGGUGAUGGAGUCGAUAAAGCCAGCAAUAGUGCAAGCACUAUCGGAGUACAAAAUGCCAGGGUUCCAAUUUGAAAGAUUGGUUUUGGGUCGCAUUCCACCAAAAAUUUACGGAAUAAAAACGUAUGAGAAAGAUACAUCUAGGAAUGAAAUUAUAUUGGACUGUGAAGUACUAUACGCUGGAGAUUGCGAUAUUUCCUUCACCCUUGGCACCUUCAAGGGUGGAAUACGGGACUUCCAGCUUCGUGGAAUGCUCCGGAUAGUCCUAAAACCGAUGUUAACUGUAAUGCCACUCGUCGGAGGGGUACAGAUAUUCUUCUUAAAUAACCCUGAGAUUGAUUUCAAUCUUGUUGGUGCUGCUGACAUUCUCGAUUUUCCUGGUCUAAAACAGGCCCUUAGAAAAGUCAUCAAAGAACAAUUUGGACGAUUUCUAGUCCUUCCGCACAAAUUAAUUAUUCCUCUGAGACACGACAUUCCCGCUGAGAUUUUAAAAAUGCCAGAGCCCGAGGGAAUCCUGCGAAUCCACGUGGUGCAAGCAAAACAUUUAAUGAAAAAAGAUAUCGGUGUUUUAGGAAAAGGAAAGUCGGAUCCUUACGCCAUCAUCGGCGUUGGCUCCCAAGAAUUUAGAACAAAAACCAUUGACAAUACAGUCGAUCCCAAGUGGGACUUUUGGUGCGAGACUGUGAUCGAUACAUGGAGUUUGGGACUAGAAGCUGCGAUAUCUGUUUGGGACUGGGAUCCCAAUAUUCCUGGGGUUGAGACUGAUGAUUUGCUCGGAAGAGCUACUACUGACGUCAGCCGUGUCAAGGAGAAGGGGAUCAUAGACACAUGGUUCACUCUUGAAUUCGCCAAACACGGGAUGGUCCACCUCCGAAUGAUGUGGCUAAGCCUCUCUAAAAAUCCUGGGGACCUCCAGGCGGCCCUGAUGGAGACACAACAACUGCGAGUCACCUCCAUGGGUACCGCUCUGUUGACAGUCUUCAUCGACUCGGCAAAGAAUCUGCCGUGUCUUCGUGGUAGCAAACAACCAGAUGUGUUCCUCGAGGCAGCUGUUGGCAGCAAGACUGAGCGCACAUCCACAAUGCUUCGCUCCUGCGAUCCAAUUUGGGAGCAAGGCUUCUCCUUCUUGGUAGCUAAUCCCGAAACCAACAAUCUGAAUAUUCGGAUCGUCGACGAGAAAACAGGGAGUGUUGUGGGGGUACUUGUCUACAAUAUUGCGAAUCUUUUGACAAAAGUCGACAUGGAGGAUAUGCAACAGCCUUAUGAUCUCGUCAAUGCAUCUCCAGAGAGCAAGUUGAUCAUGUCCACGACCCUGAGAAUUCUCAAGUACGACGGGCCUAAAAAUGUCCCGGAGGACGAAGAAGACGAGGACAUUAACGCGUUGAAGAGGAGAAUUGAUCGACAGGAGUCCAACAUCAGUGGCUCCCAGAGUAGCAGUAUGCCAUCAACACCACUGAAGAAACAAAUGUCCAAGGAGUCGUUGCAGAGCUCGACGGUGAACCCUGGGUCCGAUCAGGGAGGCAAUCUUCCUGAAACGGUUGAUGAGGGGAAUUACGAGGAGACCAUCACACCGACGUAUGCAUCAGAGACUAAUCUUCCUCCGGGGCUUCUUCAUCGGCACCCCAGUGUCAUGUCCUCAGCUGGCGAGUUCAAGCUCGGGAGGAUUCAGCUGACCCUGCGGUACAGCGUUCCGAGGCAAAAGUUGAUGGUCGUGGUGCAUAAAAUUUCAAAUCUACCACUACCGCACAACGAUCCCACCAACAUCCCAGAUCCUUAUGUGAAGCUGUAUCUUCUCCCAGACAAACACAAAGAAACAAAACGAAAAACUGUCGUGAUGAAGGAUAACUGUAAUCCCAUUUACGAUGAACAAUUCGAGUACAUCGUAUCCCAGGGAGAUUUGAAUUCUCGCACACUGGAAAUAUCCGUGUGUACGCAGAAGGCCUGGCUGUCAACGGGGACCAAAGUCAUGGGUCAGGUUCACCUGAAUCUCGCGGAGAUCGAUGUCUCCAAGGCCACAUCCGCCUGGUACGAUCUCGUACCAGAGGUCAAGGAUUAAAUGUCUGGAUAAUCGAGCUUUUUCAAAUUUUCUAUGUGAAUCAAUAGUGCUAAACGAACUCUAUUUAUGCUACUGUUCACGAAUUUUUCAAACAUUUGGCAUCUAUUGUGUUGUUACAUGACGCUUCUUUAUGGUCAAGGAUGUAGUGGUGAGUUGAUGCAAAUGGAUGAGUUAAUUUUCCAUCGUAGUAGUGAAAUAGUACCUGAAGGACGUUGAUUCAUCCAUUUCUGUCUUGUCACGACUAAGACCGACAUAUUUAUAGUAUGCUGAAGGAAAUCCUACAACUACAGCGAUAAGAAUUGUUAAAAAAUUUCAAAUAUUUAUGAGUAUUUUUUUGCUACACACUUUCGUUGUUGAUGAACAUUGUCAAAUUCCCUCCAAUGUGCUGAAAUAAAGAUUUAAUCAUCUUCAGA